CCUAAUGUCACUUGUCAGUCAUGAAGUUACACGAAUGUUGACGUUAGUAUCCUUGAAUAUUUUUAAGCAACAAAAGUGAAUUACUUUUUAUUUAAAUUAAGUUAUUUUGUCGGUGACUCAAAGUGAUUUAAGUUCCUAUUUUUCUAAGCGAAACGAAAAGGUUCGGUUAAGGAAUUCCCAAACUUUAGGCCUUAUGACCAGUGUGCAAAAGAUGACUGCUGUAGGGGAAUUGUGGGUUUCGUGGUUUAGCUGUUGCAUAUCACAACCUCAGAAGAGGCAUCGGCACAGAAUCGAUAGGUCAAUGAUCGGGAAUCCUAUGAACUUUCAACAUACCGCUCACAUAGGCAGUCGAGAUAUAGAAAUGCCUAACGAUCAAUUGACAGCGCUUCAGAUGCAAAUGCGAAGUAAAGGGGGUUACGAGAAUUCGUAUAAAUAAUCCGAAUGGUGCCAAUAACAUAUUUGUAAAUUAUGUGUGCGUUUUUCGGAACUUGCAUGUUGGUCAUGAUUAAUUCAAGUGCUUCCUUUUAUUUUGAAAGUAUGUAAUCUUUAUUAUUACGGAAUAGGUUUAAUUUUUUGUUUUUCGAAAGCCAAAUAUUAAUUUUUAUCGAGAUUAUGUAUUAUGUGACUGUGUACCUCGAAAAAGGUUGUACGAUUCUUUUGGUUGUGCUUUCUUUUAGUGCCAAAUUACUAACCGACACUAUUAAGUGUUUCUAGUUUACUGCAAUAAUUCUUCAAACUAGACUGAAAUGUACUCCUUUAAUCUGCCUUCAAUGUAACCCAGAAAGACUUAUUGUACAAAUGUAUUUUUGCACGUUAAUACAUUUAGCACAACUGUUAAUUGUAAGAGAGACUCGUUGUCACAUUCUUUUGAUUGUGAAAACCUUUGUUAUUAUGUACUUAAUAGGAUAGCACAUAUUUACUGUUCAAAGUAUGUAUAUUUAUUACAAACACUGUAUAAUAGGAUUAAGUUGUGAAUGUUAUUAGUAUGUAUAUUAAAUUAUGUUGUAUAUACAUUAAUGAGACGGAAAUUGCGAUAUUUAUUGUUCAACACUCUUGGUUCAACAGAAAAAUUGCAUUUGCAGUUUUGCAGGACAAAGUAACUUUUUGAAACAAAUAAUUGGUUUAUUGAUUCAAUUCUCACCUCUCUUAAUUGAAUGUAAACAAAGUGAUUAUGACAUGGAACAUCGCAGCUUAUCUCCUAACAGCAGUAAAAAAUUGUGCUUCGA